AUGGUAGCCUACGCUCCUUAUGUCGCCGCUACGGCAUCUUUGUCAUCCGUUUAUCACGCAGUUACCCCAUCCCAGUUUCGCACCUCGCCUGUCUGCCAUGUCGUUACAGCGACAGUCACUGAAUACGCAACAGCACGGCCCACUACCAAUGCUCAUGGACAUGGAGGACCAUACUAUAAUCCUUACAACGACGUGCCCCUCCCAUUCGUUUGGCCGGGCAAGCCGUCGCACGGGGAGACGUACGCUCCUCCUCGACCUUCGACACCUUAUCAAUACGGAGGGCACGCUAAAGAUAUGUAUGAUGAGCCUUGCUGGAUCCCUAAGGGUACUGGACAGCUCAAGGCUUCACUCCCGAGUGUCCAGCAGUGUGGCAACUCACAGUGGGGGUUGAUCGAUUCGCCUCAUCUUCCGGUCAAUGGCCUCCCAGGUGGUCACUCCGAUGGGGCCUACGCAUCAGAAUCUACGAAGCUCGCGUCCGCAUUUCCCCCUUACCCUAUAGCAUCUGGCCACUCAUACAACCAUACCAACGCCACAGGGUCUAACUCUCUCGGACAAACCUCCACUAGGACUCUCGGGUCCAUCGUUACCGCUACUGCGGUUAGUACACCUACAGCAGACCCUCUUUGUCCUACCAUGCCCGACACUGGCGUGACAAGGACCUACGAUCUCCACGUGGCUUACCAAACAAUUGCUCCUGACGGUGUUACCAGGAAUGGUUUAACUGUGAAUGGCCAAUUCCCUGGUCCUCUCAUCGAGGCCAACUGGGGCGAUUGGAUCCUGUGGAGAGUUACAAAUGAUUUGACUGAUGAAGGUACCACCCUUCACGCCCAUGGCCUCUUCCAGGGUGAGACUUCCUGGUACGAUGGGGUUCCUGCCGUCUCUCAGUGCCCUAUAUCGCCCAACGGUGGAUACUAUGAGAUGCUUUUCCGAGCUGACCGUUAUGGGACAUCUUGGUACCACAGUCACUACAGCGCUCAGUACUCUGGUGGUGCCCACGGCCCUAUGGUCAUCCAUGGACCGAAGCAUGAAGAGUACGACAUCGACAUCGGCCCUAUCGUCCUUGAAGACUGGUUCCAUGCCGACUACUACUCUCUUGUUGAGGGCACCAUGAAUGGUCUAUUCCCACCCUCGAACAACAAUCUGAUCAAUGGAAGAAUGAACUACCCGUGUGCGAACACAACGCUACCUUGCACACCUAACGCCGGCAUCUCCAAAUUCAAGUUUGAGUCUGGAAAGAAGCAUUUGCUGCGCCUCAUCAACAUGGGUGCCGAGGGUAACCAGAAGUUCAGCAUCGAUGGACACCAGCUGAAGGUUAUUGCCGUCGACUUCAUCCCCGUUGAACCGUACACGACGAAUGUCGUUACUCUCGCUGUCGGUCAGCGCACUGAUAUCGUGGUCGAAGCUAUCGGCAAGCCUAGCGAUACAUUCUGGAUGCGCUCUCAGCUCGCUCAAGGAUUUCGCUGCACGCUUACCGACGGCAUCUCGCCAAACGCGCUCGCGGCAGUAUACUACGAGGAUGCCGAUACCGACGCCAUCCCGCAGUCCACCUCCGAAGUUACUCAGGAACAGCUUGAACAGUGCAAAAAUGAUCCUAUCACGUCCGCAAUUCCGCUCUGCAAGGUUCCCCUGGAAGAGCCAGAUCAUGUUGAGCGUGUAGACUUUGACUUCCGCUCCAACGGCACCAACUUCAUCUGGUACCUCAACAACAGCACUUACCACGGGAACUACAAUGAACCUACACUUCUGAAAGCGAAGCGUAACGAGUCAGACUUCAAUCCCGAAUGGAACGUGUACGAGUUUCCUGGUGCGAAGAACGUCCGCAUCCAUUUGGUCAACCACGGUCUCAUUGGUGGCCACCCCAUGCAUCUCCACGGCCAUGAUUACCAUAUCCUAGCUGAAGGUUUCGGCGAGUGGGAUGGUGUUGUGACGAAUCCGGAGAAUACGCUGCGUCGCGAUGUUCAUCAGAUGCAAAAUGCGCGCAAUGUCACUGGUACAGUCGAGCCCUCGUACCUGGUCUUGCAAUUCACACAGGACAAUCCGGGCGUGUGGCCAUUUCAUUGCCAUCUGGCAUGGCACGUUAGUGGUGGGCUUUUCAUGCAAAUACUGGAGAGGCCUAAGGACAUUCAGAAGCAGGCCUUUGACGAUGAGCAGUUUGAGCUUUGCGAUGCUUGGGAUGCUUACUCGGCUCAGGUUACUCUGAAUCAGAUUGAUUCGGGUUUGUAA